UCAAAUCCUUAUCAGAAAGCCUAACUCAUAGUUUUUAACAGAGUCCUUUACCCUUUACAUGAAACACUAUAUUCAAGAAGAACAAAAACGUAUUUCAGAGAGCCCAGAGAGUUAAUGACCAAAGCUUAUAUUCAGGGAGCAUAGAAUCAAGACCUUCACACUACUGUCAACCACAAAGGGAGGCAGGUCCUAUAGAGUAAGCUGAGUUGCAACAUCUGUUCCAAUGGCUUUCAUCUUCAGAACGGCCACACAAUCUGUAGGGCUUUCACUCUCACUGCUGGGAUGGGUUCUAGCCAUCAUUACAACAUAUCUGCCACACUGGAAGACCCUCAACCUGGAGCUGAACGAGAUGGAAAACUGGACCAUGGGACUCUGGAAAUCCUGCGUCACCCAGGAGGAAGUGGGGAAGCAAUGCAAGGACUUUGACUCCUUCCUGGCCUUGCCAGCUGAACUGCAGACCUCCAGGAUCUUGAUGUCUCUCUCGAAUGGGCUGGGGCUGCUGGGGCUGCUGGCCUCUGGCUGUGGCCUGGACUGCUUGAGGCUUGGAGAGACCCAGAAGGGUCUGAAGAGGCGACUGCUCAUCGUGGGAGGGUUCCUGCUCUGGACUUCGGGUGUGAUGGUCCUGGUCCCUGUCUCCUGGGUGGCCCACAUGACAGUGCAGGAGUUCUGGGAUGAGACCCUGCCUGAGAUUGUGCCCAGGUGGGAGUUUGGGGAGGCCCUUUUCCUCGGCUGGUUUGCUGGCUUCUGCCUUGUGCUAGGAGGGUGUCUGCUUCACUGUGCAAUCUGCUCCAGCCCAGCUCCUCCAGCCUCGGGACACUAUGCAGUGGCAAGAUUACAACAACACCAUCCAUACCUGGAAAAUGGAACCACACAACCUAAAGUGUAAGCUGCCAGCAGGGCCGAGUCACGUCCUUCAUCACUGAUGACAAAAAGGUCUCUGCUGUAUAACUCAAUUG